CAGAUGGGGGCGGGGCAUGUAACUGCCUGAGGAGAUGUUCCUCCACCGGAAGAGGAGUGACUCCUGGUCUGAGGAAGAGGUCACACUUUGAGGGCAGCUGGGCCCUGCCUCUAAGGGUAUGACUGCCUGCCUGGGCUUUGCACCCUCCUUUGUAAAAUGACCGUUCCAGUCGCGAGCAGAGUGAGAAGAUGCGAUCUUUAAAUCUUCAUAUUGUUUCACUUGUGUCAAAUAGUAUUUAGGCUUCCUUAUCACCAAGUGUUGGACUGCUUGGAGUUUGCAGAGAUUUAAUGUUUUAACCAGAGGGUUAAUGAGAUGACCUAAACUUUCUCUUUGUUUUGUAUUGUAUUUUAAUGAAAAUUUUAGCUAAAACGAUCUUUUCAAAUAAUUGCCCUCUUCAGGGCGAGAUAACAUUCCAUGAACCAAUUUUAAGUCUUAAAGCUGGAAGGGACCUUUUUCAUUGUGUGUGUGAAAUUACUAAAUAAGUUCUAAGUUAAAAGGAGUUAGUGGGAAAAAAUUUAAAUGUAACUUUUGGGGUAUACUUCUUAUGUAGAUGCUUUUCCGAUCCUGUCUGGGUAAGAAAUAAGUGUGCCUUGUGUCUGAUUUUCUGCCCCUUGAGCAGAAUCAGAUGGAAGUGUAAAAAAAUGAGUCACCUUCCCCAUUGCUGUCUCUCUCAGUAGAAGCGCAGGUGUGCACGUGCAAAAGGAAAUUUAAAAAAUUGAUCUUGGGGCGCCUGGGUGGCUCAGUCGGUUGGGCGGCUGACUUCGGCUCAGGUCAUGAUCUCAUGGUUUGUGGGUUCGAGCCCCGCGUCGGGCUCUGGGCUGACGGCUCAGAGCCUGGAGCCUGUUUCCGAUUCUGUGUCUCCCUCUCUCUGACCCUCCCCCGUUCAUGCUCUGUCUCUCUCUGUCUCAAAAAUAAAUAAAAUGUUAAAAAAAAAAAAAUCUUAAAGCUAGCUUUAAAAAAAAAAAAUUGAUCUUGAAGCUUACUGGCAGCAUCUGUUUAGGACUGUUUCCCUACUGGGUGCCAGUUUAAAUGUGUAAUUACGCAACUACUCUAUUAAAGCUUGAUUCCUUUCUUUCAUUUGUCCGCGUCUUUGAGUGCCACAGUUACUGUGGGAAAACUAUCUUGUAGAUACUGAAUCUGGAAAAAACAAAGAGUAACUGCUCUCCUGGAAGCAGGGUUCUGCUGCUCUAUAAAUGUUCCCACCUUCGAGCCUAAGGUUCAGUCGAGUAUAUGAUCUCUGGAGAUCUAUGCUGUGGUAGGUACAUAGACUAAUGUGCUCUGAGCUGCUCACAAAUUAUUCUUCCCUGAGACAGAACAUAUAGUUUAGAUAUUAUGUACAGAGCGAUGCUGACAGCUGUGAGGUAAACACAGUAAUGCAGCCUGCAGCACAAGCCGAGUGAAUGAGGAACUGUAAUUCCUAUCAUGGUAUUUCAUUUUCUUACACCUCUAUUUAGAGGUGUGCAUACUGAGUCCCUAAAAGAAAGUUACUAUUAUUAACAAAUGUCCUUCCAAAUCCCAAAACAUUGUGAUGGUGCUUUAAUGAUUUGAUUUAGCUUCUUUGACCAUUUCUGUUUUUUCCACUGAGUUUAUUUAGUUUCAGAGGUCUGAUGGGUAAACUGUCUUUCUACAUAGUAUGUCUAGACAUUGAAAGUAACAAAUUCUGGCUUUUCUAAUUGAUUCUCAAAGGGAUCAUAUAGUACUUAAUUAGGGCAGUCUCUAAGGUUCUCAACAGCCCAUUUUCCAUAUUUGGAUAAAACUGUGUUUACUUAUCCAGGUGAAUAUUCAGUCACUGUUUUUUGAAAAAUAAUCCAAACAGUUACGCGGGAGUUCUCAGAACACAUGUCUGUGUCAUAGCAUCUUGUACUGUCCCUGGACUGCUUGCUCUCAGCCACAGACCAGAGGAGUUAGAAGAAAACUUAGCAAACUUGACUCCUCCCUCAUUUUGUGGAUGCAAAUAUAGAAAUAGAGUGUUGACACAACACUGCAGCCAAACCAUCUGUACUUGAGUGUUACUGACAAUAGGAAGCUCUUGGAGGUAAAUUGUAAGCCCUUGGGGGUAAAAUUGUAACGUAUCACUGGUGGGAUAUAUAUGAAAAAUGUGGAUUCCUAAAAGAGACUCAGGAUGGUAGGAGAGAACCACAGGUGUGGUGAAUGCUGUAAAGAACAGAAGGCUGUGGGUACAUGAAGAAGGAAUGAGAGAGGAAAGAGAAGGAGGCCUUCAAUGAGAGAGGAGGAUCCCAGGUGAGGAGAAGAGAAAUGGUGCAAAGAAAGACAGGGAAGUAUUGAAUGGCUGGGUGAAAAUGGAGAAUGGAGAGUGGUUUGUAGAACUGGAGACUUCCUUAUUUCAGAACAAUGUUUUUAGAUUGAAAAAAGCUGUCUCCUCUGUGGCCCCCAUAUAGGAGAAUCUCCUCUCCUAUGAAAUGUGUACAUUUCAAGGCCAACUCAUAAAGCAAAAAAAAAAAAAAAUCUAUAUGCUUGAAAAUUCCCCAGUAAGAUGCAACAUAUCAUCUCUCAACACGGCCAGUUUUUUUUUGUUUUUUCUUGGCAUUGAAUCAGAUCACUGGUUUUAUUGUAUAAAAAGAUGAAGUUAAAUUUGGCUUAUAUUUGGGCACCAUGUUGGUUUCUUAAAAAGUGCUUAUUUUAAAUAUUAAAAUCAUUAUGUGUGCACUGGGCAAUAUGAAGGUCACCAUAGAAGGGGGGGAGAAGGAAUGAAGACCAAUGAAGGAAGCUGCAGGUACUUUGAGGUCCUGUCACAGUGGGGGCGCCCAUUGGCAUGGAUUGACAGGGCGAGCUGCCUGCACCGCUGAAUUUCCAUACGGGCACGUAGAUUUGAAUAGCAGAAAUUAUGUGUGUGUAUAUGGACUAGCUCACUGGACUCAACUAGCUUGGUGACCUUGACUGAGUCAUGUCUGAGCGCAUUUUCCCAGGCUGCUAAGUGGGCAUGAGAGCUAAGAAAAUUGAGGUUGAUUGAGUGACUUUGUGAAGCAUUUAGACUAACCGUUGCAUGACACAGAUCCAAAUACUAAUUCAUUCCCUUUUUGGAUUUCUGAUCCACAGACAAAUCAUCUAUGUUUACACACUACCCUUUUGUAAGCAAGAAAAAAAAUGUUCAUGUUGUUCUGGAGUCAGGAAGUCUCCAGGUCUCUAUCUUUAUUUUGAUUGUUGUAGAAAUUAUCAAAUUCUCAAACUAUGAUUGUGUCAUUGUUAUUUGCAAAUCCACUGAGGUAUGCCAAGCACAUGUAUGAAAAUAAAGUUCUUAACCUCUUCCAGUUUAUUCCUUGGGUUAUUUCCACUUUUUGGCUAUUCCGCUAUUUGAAUAUUCACGUGCAAGUUUUGGGGGUGAUAAAUGCUUUCAGUUCUCUUGGGGAUAUACCUAGGUGUGGGAAUGCUGGCUUAUGUGAUGUCCUUGUGUUCAACAUCCAAAUGUUUGCCAAAGUGGCUGUGCCAUUUUACAUUCCCGCCAGCAUUGUAUUAAGAUUCCAGUUCUCCACAUCCUUGCCAACACUUGUUACUUGUCUUUUUGAUUAUAGCCAUUCCAAUGAGUUUGAAGUGGUAUUUUGUAUUUUGAUUUGCAUUUCCUCAUGACUAAUGAUGUCGAGCAUCUUUUCAUGUACUUAUCAGCCAUUUGUAUGUCUUUGGGAAAAUGUCAAUUCAUACUCUGCCCAUUUUUUACUUAUUUGUCUCUUAUAAUUGAGUUUUAGGAACACAUUCUUCUCUUUCUUUUUCUGUGUAUAUACACAUAUCCCUUAUGAGAUAUAAUUUGCAAAUAUUUUCAACUAUUCUGUGGGCUGUCUUUUCAAUUUGGUAGUGGUGUGCUUUGAAGCACAAAAGUUUUUAAUUUUGAUGAAGACCAAUUUAUUUUUAAUUCUUUUGCUUGUGCUUUGGUGUCCUAUGUAAGCAGGCAUUGCCUGAUCCAGGCUUAAGAUGAUUUACUCCUGUGGUUUCUUCUGAGUUUUAUAAUUCUAGCUCUUACAUUUAGUUUAGUUGAGUGUAGUUUUGUUUUUUAUUUUAGAGAGUAUGUGAGCAGGGAAGGGGCAAAGAGAGAGAGACUCUUUUUUUUCUUUUUUUAAGUUUAUUUUUUGAGACAAAAAAAGGGCAGAGGAGGGGCAGAGAAAGUGGGGAGGACAGAGGAUCCAAAGCAGGCUCUGUGCUGAAAGCAGAAAGCCCAAUGUGGGUCUCAAACUCAUGAACCACGAGAUCAUGACCUGAGCCGAAGUUGGACACUUAACUGCUUGAGCCACCUGGGCACCCCAUAGAGCGAGAGUGCGGCUCUUAAGCAGGCUGCAUAUUCAGCACGGGGCCCGACAGAGGACUCGAUCCCAUGACUCUGCGAUCAUGACCUCAGCCAAAAUCAAGAGUGAGAUACUCAUCCAACUAAGCCCCCCGGGUGCCCCUAGGUUUUGUUUUUGUUUUAAUUUAUUUUUAAGGAAUAUCUGUGCAUAAUGUGGGGCUCAAGCUCAUAACCCUGAGAUCAACAGUCGCAUGCUCCUCCAACUGAGCCAGCCAGGUGCCCCAUAUUUAGGUGUUUGAUUCAUUUGGAAUUAGUUUUUAUAGAGAGAGUGAGAUAAGGGCCCCACUCCAUUCUUUUGCAUGUGAAUAUCCAGUUGUCCCAGCACCAUGUGUUGAAAAGGAUUUUCUUUCCCCCAUUGAAUGGUCUUGGCACCCUUGUGAAAAUUCACUGGCCAUAAAUGUGAGAGUUUAUUUCUGGACACUUUAAGUUCUGUUGUUCUGUAUGGCUCUCUUUAUGUCAAUACCACACUGUCUUAACUGCUGUAGUUUUGUGGUAAGUUUUGAAAUCAGGAAGUGUGAGUCUUCCAGCUUGUUCUUUUCAAGAUGAUUUGGCUACUCUGGGUCCCUUGUAUUUCCAUAGGAAUUUUAGGAUCAUCUCAUCAAUUUUUGCAAAAAAGGCAGGUGGGAUUUUGAUAGGGAUUGCAUGGAUUCUGUAGACGUGCAGUGUUGCCAUCCUAGGAAUACCAUGGCUUCCGGUCCGUGAACACAGGCUGUCUCCUGUCCAUGGAAACCAGGCAUCUGUACAUAGCGCUCCUUUUGCCUUAUAUCAGUGGUUCUCAAACAUUUUGGUCUUGGGACCUUUUUACAGUUUUAAAUAUUAUUGAAGAUCUUGAAGAACUUUUGUUUAUGGGGCUUAUCUGUAUAUUUGCAUUAAAAAUUAUGACUCAGAUUUAAAAAAAUGUUUUUCUUUAACAAUAAUAGCAAAGCCAUUACAUGUAAAAUAAAUAUCAUUGCUUAUGAAAAGGUAGCAAUCUUUUCCAAAACAAAAAAAUAAUUUAAUGAGGAGAAUGGCAUUGUUUUGUAUUUUUAUAAAUCUCUUCAGUGUCUAAUUUAAUAGAAUCUCAGGUUGCUUCUUCUGUGUUUCUGCAUUUGAUCUGUUAGUGAUCUGUUAUUUUGGUUGAAGGAUGAGAAGGAAAUCUGACCUCACACGGAUGAAUAGCUGGAACGGUGAGGAGUGUGUUAACAGUCCCUUCCCAUAACCUUGACUCUUCUCCUUUGUAACCACACCAGAACUCCACGGCAGUUUGCGAGCAGACAAAGGCAAACAGCAUCUUGGAGUUGUUGUGACAAUUGGUAUGAUCUGAAGGCCCCUGGGAAGGUCUCUGGGACCCCUGACAGGCACAGGCCACCCUCUGAGACCCCCUGUCUUAGAGAACAAGACUGAGUUGUGAAUUUUCACAAAAAAAUGGUGUGACAGCUGAUUGGCAUUUUUAUUAAUCUGUAUUGACAACCCACUGGGAAGGGUCCUGGUUGCUUUUCCUGCCGAUCAGUACUUCUGUUGUUGGAAAGGUACCGCAUGGGGGGCUCUGAACUGUUCGAUGCUUGCUUGGUAAACACAGCACCAGCAAGCCGGAUGAGUUUCAUUAAGCAUGUGUGAUUAUAAAACAGUAAGGUAUUUGGAAAAUUGAGACUACAGAAAUGAAACAACGUAAGACACUAUCCUGGUGUUUUAACUCUUGGUCAUACAUUGUUAGUCAUCUAGUGUAUUACUUUUAAAUAUUCACAAAGUCAGCUGUGUGAAUUUUUAAAACAUACUUGUAAUUACACUGUCCACAGUCUCAUAUCCUGCUUAUUUAACCUAAGGUAAUCUCUGAAUCUUUUAAAUAGUUGAAAUAUAUUGUUAGUUUCUGCUUUUCUGUAUUUUUCUUUAUUUUUUUAUUUUUAUUUUUUUUGCUAAAGCUAAACAUUGUUCAUGUGAUAGUUUACAUAUUUUUGUAUUAGUGCAGAUUUUAAACAACAGUAAGUGUGUGAAGUUUCAGAUGGAUAUUGGUAACUAUGUCCUAAUUAGAUUUUUCUUUUUACUUUUCAUUACAGAAUACUUUAACCACGGAAGUAGAGAGGGCAGGCGGUAUAGCAGUCCUUAGUGCACCCGUCAUCCAGUUCUAGCUGUUAGCCACUUGCUGCAUUCUUGCAUUUUUGUUUUGUGUUGUCUCUUAAAUUUACCAAAACAGUUUUUAGCAUAUUUUAAAGCAAAUUCCGGAUAUAUAAUUGUACCCAUAGUCUUUUAGUUUGUAUAUCUCACAGAUAAGACUUUUCCACCGCCACACCACCUGGAUUGCACUCAACAGAAUUAAUAAUCAUUCUAUAAUAUCCUUUAUUACCUAGGCAACAUUCAAUUUUUCCUGUCAAAAAUGUCAUUCUAGAGUUAAUUUAUUUCAGUCUCGUUACAGUUCUCACAUAAGGUUAUUUUGGUUAAAGCUUUUGUAUUUUGUAGCAAUAAAAAUCUCUUCCAUUUUUUCAUGUCGUAGAUUUCGUGCAGAAAUGAGGUCAUCUGUCUUCUAGAAUGCCCCACAUUUUAGAUUUAGCUAAUGGCUUUGUGUUGGUGUUAUUUAACGUGUAUCACCCCAGAAUUUCCUUUAAAUUGGGAGUCAGAUCUAGAGGUUUGAUUAACUAAAGGUUCUUUUUUUGGCAAGAAUACUUCAUAAACGGUGCUCUUUGCUCACACCAAGAAGAGUGUAACGGCUGGUUGUUACACUUUCAGUCAUGAGAUUGAAAAGUGGCUUCAGUGUCCGUCCGAUCUAGCCAUUAUAAAGUUUUCUGUCAGCUCUCUGCCCGAUUUCAGCAGACGUCGAUGGUAAUUGCCUUCGUUAUUUCAUUAGAUGUUGCAUUAUUGUGAUUUUCUACUUCAGUCGUUCCCCGCUUAUUAGUGGUGCUUCCUGCGUAGAGAGCAGCUCGCCCUGCUCAGCUCUUCGGUUAUGCCGCUGCCAUCCUCCAAGGAAGGCGGGCUGACGGUUGUUUGCCUUUAGGAAUCUUCAGGAGAAUGAGUUGGAAUCCUGACAGUCUCCGCAGGUGACCAGCGUGGUGGCAUUUUGAACUGUCGUGGGUCCUAACGUGUUUGUUACCUGUUCAUUCUUUUUGCUCCGCACGUUGUCCGUGUGUGGCCAUGAGAGCCCUUCACACUUGGAAAGUGAAGAGGAAAGAUGAGGAGAGGCUGAGGAGUUGUCACAGUGUGGAGGAGACGAGAAGUCACACCUAAAUGCGAUGUGGGGUCCUGGAUGGGACCCCGGAGCCCUUAACAAAUGUUUAAUUAUGAAACAGACAUUUCUGGUAUAUGGGAAAAGGAUUCUUUAGAAAUAGAUCUGAGAGGACCGUACCGUCCCAAGUGUUUAAUAAGAUUGAUAAAAUUUCCAGGUGUAGCCUUGACAGAUGAAAUUUAAAAUGUCCGGCUAGCAUAGAGACCACGAGAUAGGAGGAAGGGCCCUUUGGUGUCGUCUUUCUGCUUUUCCACGGCGACAGGUGAAAUCCAACCAAGGAAAUCACUCCUUUUGUUUGGCUCUGGAAGGCCGUUGUGAAGGCUGCCUCUGGACACUGUCACCACUUCAGACCGCUAGGUCUGGGGCCGGCACAGGCUUUGCUUUGGUGGCACCUUCCCCCACCCUGUCCCCAGCUUUCUAGUCCAGCCCCGAGACCUGCAUUCUGGCCAUUUCUGGAGGCAGUCGUUGAGGCCUCAGGACGGCUGUGGUCUCACAAUGGGUGCCUGGGAGGCUUGUUCUCUGCUGGAGCUGUCAUCAGUGCUGCCCUGCCAAACCGUCUUCUGGAUUGAAACAUUCGACCAAGUCUGGUUGUAAUGCUGUGUGCCUUCUGUGCUGCCCACACAGGAACCCCUGUUUCCGGGUGCAGGGCCUGAGGAAAGCCGUGUGUGCCGGCUGGGUUGGUAACGAAGAGGUGGACUGGUGUGGCGUCAGGAUCACUGGUUCGUGGCUGGGGCGCCUGGGACAGACCGGGGCUGCCGUGCUGUCGUCCCAGGACACUGCCACGACUUCCUUUCUUUCCUUUUGUGGUGGAGCGUUGCCCGCAUGCAUGGGCACACUGGACCGGGAGGCACAUAUUUCUGACUGGAAAAAAAAUGGAGGUAGUAGAUGUAAUAAAGGAUUCUUUGUAAUUGAAUUCCACCCCCCCCCCAUUUAUCUAUCUUACCUUGUUUUUAACCAAACAUUUUUUCUUUAAGAAUCUUAGAAAUCCAGCAGUUAAUAUGGUAAAGCAUCUACAGUACUUUCUGUGACUUGUCAGUCUGGUUACCGUCCUGUGUCUUUAUUUUUUGGAUUUGAUGUUUCGUGAGAGUCGAUGUAGUUUCUAUUACAGUUUCACAAGUAUUACAAACUAUUACACUUCAACCUUUGUCAUUCAUCCUGUAUUUUGGAAAAUACUGACCUUUCUGAAAUGGAUUUGUCCCAAGCAUUUCUUCUCUUUGGGUAGUUGAUACUGCCAAACCUGCCUAAUAGCACGGAAGUGAUUUUGUGCUUCUGAUGAUAGAGUUGACCAGUGCAUGAGAUCGCCUUUGAUCAUCAGAUUGUUUCAUUAUAACAAGCGUUUUGAGAAGUUCAUAAGCUGGUUAUUGAGAGAAGGGAGCGCCAUCGCCAUCAUGGAAACCAAAAACCUGCAUGGUCACCUCGUGAGACCGAUAGCUAGCUUUUAAGUCUCUGUAUCUGACAUGUGGAUGCUGUGUUUUCAGAAGUGCCUGAGAGAUACGGGGAUUAAAUCCAGUCCUUGGGGUGCUGUGAGGCGGUGGAGGUCAGGCCUGGCUGUCUGGGAACCCUGGUUCUCAGACUGAUCUGAUGAAAUCAUGGGUAUUGUGGUCCCGCCUCAUGGACCAGAGUUACUGUGUACGCCGUUCGGGAACAUCAAAGGAGAUACGUUGUUUGAAGUUCAGGGUCUAGCUGUUGAGCUGAGCCGGAAAGGCUGCUAGCUUCACAACUCUGGUCCUGCUGUCUGGAGGUGCUUUUCCGUUGGUGUGGGAUUCCUUUUCAACUGCUUAUUGUUCAGUUCUUGAUAACUGUUGUCCUGGAAGAAAAUGAGAUUGAUGGUGCUAGUCAGAAAUGAUACGUACAUAUAAAUUUGGGAUUCAUCAGAUCACAAAUGGGAGUUCUGUUAGUUUUGUAAUUUUCCGUUUUUAAAAAAAUGGUUUUGUGGGCGUCAGUGGGUUUGUAUGUGUUAGCACAUGAUUUCUAGUCUUGGUAUAUUCUUGGCUUAGUACAAAGGUGUGAAUCGCCGGCAGAUUUCUUUGAAUUGCUUAGACUCCAGAGGGAUAAGCACAUGAAAACCUGAGGGUUUGCAGACUUCCUAGUCACUUAAUUGUAAGAACCCCUGGUGUUCCGUACUUCCAGUUACUAAUGUGCUGUCUUUGUCGUUCCACAGCAUCCUUCGCUGGCCACUCAGCUUCUCCCAGUGCGGCCACCAAGUAAACAGCUCAUGACUUCUGAUCAGGACACUAAGGUCGUGGCUGAACCGCAGGGCCAGCGAGUCCAGGAAGGGAAAGACAGCGCUCAUCUGAUGAAUGGUCCCAUAUCUCAAACCACUUCUCAGACCAGCUCCAUCCCAGCUUUGAGUCAGGUACCGACAGCCAAGGUUUCAGAGCUAAACCCUAAUGCUAAAGUGUGGGGGACCCCCGUGCUGCGUUUGGAAGCGGGCAGUGCGGCGGAUGGCGGUGUGAGUGCAAGCUGGGAGGAGCCGGCUGGGCCUUGCACAGCCUGCGGCCAGGAGGGAUUGGAUGCCAAUGGUGAUGGUGACAAAGGUCAUGAGAGUGUGGCGCUGUUGGAUUUGCAGGAGCCGGACCGACCAGCUGUGAGCACGUCGGCUCUGGACCGCUCAGAGUAUGAAUCUCCGCCGGAAAACAACGAGACUGGAGGAAAUGAGUCUCAACCAGAAACCCAGGAGGACCCCCGAGAAGUACUCAAAAAGACAUUGGAGUUCUGCUUGUCUAGGGAGAACCUUGCUAGUGACAUGUACCUUAUAUCGCAGAUGGACAGUGAUCAGUACGUGCCAAUCACCACGGUAGCUAACCUGGACCACGUCAAGAAGCUCAGUACUGACAUGAACUUGAUUGUUGAAGUGCUGAGGUCUUUACCUUUAGUCCAAGUGGACGAGAAGGGAGAAAAAGUAAGGCCAAAUCAGAACCGCUGCAUCGUGAUACUGCGUGAAAUCUCCGAGUCCACCCCUGUGGAAGAAGUAGAAGCACUGUUCAAAGGAGACAAUUUACCGAAAUUCAUAAACUGUGAAUUUGCCUAUAAUGAUAAUUGGUUUAUUACAUUUGAAACAGAAGCUGAUGCACAGCAGGCUUACAAAUAUCUUCGAGAAGAAGUCAAGACUUUUCAAGGAAAACCAAUUAAGGCACGGAUAAAAGCAAAGGCAAUAGCUAUAAACACAUUUUUGCCAAAGAAUGGAUUUAGACCUCUGGACAUGAGCCUUUACGCGCAGCAACGCUACACAGCCUCCUUUUACUUACCUCCGGUCUACAGCCCUCAGCAGCAGUUCCCCCUGUACAGCCUGAUUGCUCCCCAGACGUGGUCGGCCACACACAGCUAUCUUGAUCCGCCGCUGGUAACUCCAUUUCCAAAUACUGGAUUUAUAAAUGGGUUUACGUCUCCAACCUUCAAACCUGCAGCGUCUCCUCUGACUUCGCUCAGACAGUACCCUCCAAGAAGCAGGAAUCCUAGCAAAUCUCAUCUACGCCAUGCCAUUCCCAGUGCAGAGAGAGGACCUGGACUGUUAGAAAGCCCUUCGAUAUUUAACUUCACUGCAGACCGUCUAAUUAAUGGCGUUCGGAGCCCACAGGCACGGCAGACAGGUCCUCCUAGAACACGGAUACAGAACCCUCCCGCCUACGCCAAGAGGGAGGUUGGGUCUGGUCGCGUGGAGCAGAGCAGUGCGGAAUCUCCCCCUGGUUUAGGGAGAGGGAGGAAGAAUUCCUUUGGUUACCGGAAGAAACGGGAGGAGAAGCUGACAAGGAGUCAAACUCAGUCUCCAACGCCACCAAAGCCCCCGUCCCCGAGCUUUGAAUUAGGACUGUCCAACUUCCCUCCGCUGCCAGGAGCGGCAGGCCACCUGAAGACUGAGGACCUGUUUGAAAACAGGCUGUCUAGCUUCUUAAUUGGAUCAUCAAAAGAAAGGGGCCUGAAUGCGGAUGCAAGCACGAACACGCUCCCCGCAGUGAGCCCCAGAGAGCCCUUAGCGCCAGCUGCCUGCACCCUGUCUGCAGCCUAUGGGCGCUCCCCCUCCCCCUCCCACCUGCCUGAGGAUCCCAAGGUGGUGGAGAAGCAGAGGGAGACCUCGAAUGUGGACAGACUUCCUUCUGCCCUCACUACAACAGCGAGUAAAUCGGUGCAAGUGAAUGGCGCUGCCACGGAAUUGCGAAAACCCAGCUAUGCGGAAAUUUGUCAGAGGACGAGUAGAGAGCCUCCGUCUUCCCCGUUGCAGCCCCCGAAAGAACAAAAGCCAAAUGCUGUUGGUUGUGGGAAGGAAGAAAAGAAGCUCGCUGAGAGAGAGCCCUGUGCCCCCAAGUCCAACCCGGGACCGCCCAAAGACCAGAGGAGGCCGCCAGGCCGCCGGCCCUCGCCCCCAGCAGCCGGGAAGCGUCCACACAGAGAACAGAGCACCCCUCCCAAGUCCCCUCAGUGAGCGCCGAGGUCUGGGAGGGCUGUGAGGAACUGAGGUCGCCACAACUCAGCACUGUCCCACUCGGGGCCGAGAGUGAGCCGCUGGUUAGGAGCUUGCAGCGUAGACGGGCCGCUGAGGUGCCUGCAAGUGGUGUUUCUUCCGUGAGUCGGAUUUUCCCCCCUCUUGAAAAAAAAUCUAUUUUUCAGGAUUUAAUUAAUAUAAACCUUAUUUUAGGUUGGUGCUUAACUGGAGGUGAUGCAUAAGUCUGAUUUUUUUCAGGAUAGUAAAUGCAUUUAUCCUAACAAAUUGAUAUUUUUAUUAAGCCUCCAUGUGGCUAUGAAUGCAAGCUCUAUAUAUAGUGAGUUUUUCUAAAUUAAGCGGAACUAUGCUACUUCAUUUUUUAAAAUAACUGGUUAGCAAGUGCAUAUCUCUGAGAUGUCCAGACCGACGGGUGGGCUGCAGACGGCUGGGAUCGAGGUUGGAGGCAACACAGUCAUUGUGGCCUGGAGAAGGGGUGGGGUCAGGUGGUGCCCUCGCUGGCAUGGGAGUUGUACUUCAUUCAGAAUCUUAGCAAGUGACGCUAGCAGUUGUUUGGGUUUUUUUUUUUUUUUUUUUUUUUUUUUUUUUCUGUUUUUUUUUUUUUGUUUGUUUUGGCUUUUUUUUUUUUUUUAAGUAUAGCCUGUUUUUGACCUACUGGGCAAGAUGCACCCAAGAGAGCCCUGAAACCGUGAGUUUUUAUGUGCUGCAAGCAAGUAACCAGCCUCUCAAUCCAGACUCCGUGGCUGUUGUGUAAGAUAGAGUCAAAGCACAUUGUGAAUAGAACCUACAUGAAAACGUAAACCUGGUUGCCCACCGACGCGUCACCGCGAAAUUGUACCCUGAUGUUGUCUUGCUCCUGCGAGCUGGCCCGGAGGGCUCGGGAGCCACCGUGGCUCUUGCCGUGGCUCCUGCCGUGGCUCCUGCGGCUCCCCCGCAUUAGCUCCGUGGGAGCCCCCCCGUACCUCCGUGUCGGCACACAGUGGAAGUGUUACUUAAGUCGUGAGAGAGGUGUGUGCGGUGCCCGUGGCGGUGAGGCCAACAGUUCCCUCCGAGACGAGGGUCUCACUGACUCCCUUCUGGAAGUGCUGCACUCUGAAGAACACGCAUGCACUAGCGCUAGCAGUGGAUAAUAAAGUUCAAUAUAAAUUAUUUUGUUUUAAAAUGCCUAAAUUCUUUCUUUAAGUAUUCUAAGCAGCAGACAUUAAAAUAUUUCCUGCUAAAUGUAACCAUACAGUUUAUUCCACAAAAUGUUAUUUAACAAGACUGAGGUGUUUUUUUUUUUUAAAAUUAUUUCCAUCCAAUAUUUAAAGACUUGAAUUUUAUUUAAACUUGAAAAUGACUUUGCCUUAACUUUUGUAGAAGACAGCUUAGAGUUGGCGGAGACCGGCCCCUGGGUGGGCGCGAGUGGGCUCCAGAGCCGCUCUGUCACGUGGGGCCGCCGCCGCCGGGGUUUCUGAGUGAGCGCUCCGUAGUGUGGGAGCUGGGCUGGCAGCGGUGUCUGUGAUGUACCCUGAAGAUCUGCAACAGUUGACCUUUCUCAGAUUGUUGAGAAAUCCUGUAAAUGCAAAUAGUCGAUACUGUAUUAAAUAUGUGCACUUGGGAGUGUGUGCUUUGCUUGUACAGUUGUAAAUAAUCAGAACAUAUUAAAAAGGUACCCUAAAGAGAAAAAUCUGAUAAAAAUUAUUGAUAUAUUAUAAAUGUUGCUAUUGAGCUGGAUGUAGAUAAAACUAAAUGUUGUGGUUUGAAUAUUAUUUUAAUUUGUUGAGGUGUUUUUCUUUUCCUCUUAUGCUGGUGUGUUGGACUGAUUCUCCUCUUUGCUGCUGCAGAAGGGAAACGGAAAGUCCUGUUAAAGCCUUCCGAUGUCUUCAUGCUCUUCUUAAAAGUCUGUAAAUAUGUACUAAUCAUAGCUAAUGUGAAAGCAUAAUGUAGGAAGCAGAAACUGGCAGGAUCUUCAGGAGAACGUAAAAGAUAAUCUACUUAAAAUCAUAAAUAGCUACGCGCGAUUCGCCCUGCCAGAGGAAAACACGCCCUGGUGAGCUUGACCGUGUCCUUCAGAGAAGCUGCCAGUACUCAGAUUUUACUUAGAAAAAACAGUGCUAGUAUGUUGCAGAUGCCUGUAAAAGGAACAUGGGGAUUCGUUUUUUUGUAGUUGAGGGAUUGUGGACUUAAAAAAUCAGGAAGAAUUGACCUCUGACACCCCAGCUAAUGAGUACUGUGAGAAGAGUUGGAAAGGCGAGCCACAGGAGGUCCACACUGAGCGGUCUUUGCUGGAGGAGGGAGCGGAUGCCGUCAGCCUUCAUCAUCCCCGAGCCGCGGACCUGUGGAGCUGAGACACUGGUUUUCAGGAGUGCCGUGUCCUUCCCCCGGCCGGGGGGUGUGUGUGCUAGAGCCAGCUGUAGCCAUCUACUGCACACGGGACGGAGGUGGUCACUCGUGACAGCAACGGGGCACGGCUAGCCAGUGUGGCGGCCGUCCCACUGCACCCAUGCCUGCACCGUACUGCAGCUCUUGUCCUCGUGGCCAGAGUCUGUCGCAUCCAGAUUUGCAACCUCGCUCUAGUGUUAUUUUUAUAGCACUCUUUAAUUAAGCAAAGAUGAUAUGCCAAAUAGCUAUAUUAUGUCCAAAAAAGCCCAUCUUUCUGAGAUCCUUGUGAGAUCUUACACUCACAGAAAAGGAGGGGAGCCCACACAAGGGGAGGCUGGGACGCAGCACGGGGGGCAGCCGCUCUGGCGCAAGCAGCCAGCAGUCUGAGGCUUUUGUCCAUUUUUAGAAACGUCACUCUUUCCUUUCCUCAGCAGUACCUCAGGGUGUAGAGUCAGAUACGGCAAUCACAAAUGACGUUUUAACUUGUAAAAUUGUGUGAGGAUACUUCUAAUUUGGAAAUAGAGGGAUGAGAAUCUGGCCCCAUUUCACCAGACAUGAAUUUCAAGUAGAGUAGUUGCUUUUUAAGAGUUGGUGUCCUGAUGUUCCUGGUCUGGCCCUCCUGUCCCCGCAUCACUGAUUGUCACUAGCGGGUGGCAGGAAAUGUUUCCUGUUGCUGGAUUAGCCAGGAGCACAGGGUUUACAUUUAAACACCGGCUCCGUUUGUUCCGAGGGCAGCGGGUGAGGAAGGUGCACGUCUGUGCCUGCCGCCUGCGAGCUGCAGUCGUGCUCUCGUGCACUUGGUGGCCUGUCACCCGGAGCGCAGCAGACAAUCCAAGUCAGGAGCAGAGCGGGAUGUAAUACGGAAGCUUUCUUGAGGGCUUUUGUUUUUGUUCUACUUUUCAUUAAGACUGGAAUCAAGCUUACAUGUAAACUAUUGGUAAUUUAAGUUUCCUUUUGUGUCAUUCAGUGUAAAACUGUCUAAUUUGAAAAAUGUAGGUUAUGAAAAAUAAAGAUUUAGGCACUGUUCAA